UGGGGCUCGGGCGUCCAAGCCGAUCUGGCCGCGGGUGCGUUACUCCUGAGCCGGGUGGGACCGCACCCCGCGGACUCAGAAGCCAGCAGCACCCGGGACCGUCGUACAGAAGAUCCAGUGGUCGCCGACAUCAGGCAGGAUGUUGGAUGUGGAAGCCCAGGAGCCCCACAAGGGGAAAUGGUCGACGCCGCCCUUCGACCCGCGCUUCCCCAACCAGAACCAGACCCGUAACUGCUACCAGAACUUCCUGGACUACCACCGCUGCCUCAAGACCAGGACCCGCCGUGGGAAGAGCACGCAGCCCUGCGAGUACUAUUACCGCGUGUACCACUCGCUGUGCCCCACCAGCUGGGUGGAGAGCUGGAAUGAGCAGAUCAAGAACGGGACUUUCGCGGGCAAAAUCUGACUGCCCCAGCGCGGCUUCCUCUGAAGAUGCAGUGACCCUGCAUCUUUUUGUCUCGUGGAGGGCUGGCCUCGGUUAUCCACCCCUACCUCCCAGUGUUUAAGCCACGAAUAAUGUUAUGCUGUU